AUGUCUCUAUUAAUUGAAUCGUAUUAUAUGCAGUUUUUACGUUGUGCUAGAUGUUCACAUGACUUGGAAUAUGAAAAUCCAUUAUAUCGUCCAAUAACAUUACCUGUAUGUGGUCAUACAAUGUGUAGAAAGUGUAUUGAUAUAAUACGUAAUGAAACAAAAUGUCCACAAGAUCAAUUACCUGAAAAUAAUGAAGAACGUUAUGGUCAAUGUCCCUCUUAUAUGGAACUCGAUAAUCGAACAAAAUCAUAUUUUAAUACUUUGGAAAAAAAUUUUGGUGACAUAUCACUUAUAAUUAAACCAAUAAUUAAUGAUAAAGAAUGUCAAUCAAUAUUAAGUCGUUCAAUGAUACGAAAAAUAUUUAACUUAUUAAAUAGUCAAUAUAUUGAUCGUGCAGGUCGUUUAAAAGCUCCCCAUGUGAUAAAAACCGGCGGUUAA